UCCCCCACUUCGGAAUCGUCAUUGGAUUCAUUGAGAUAUCCCCACUCCACUCUGCUCUACUGUACAGGCUUAGCUUGAGGAGUUGCAGUUGCGGGGGAGAGAGAGACAAUGGCAUCUUCUUCGUUUGCUGGGGCCGCUGGAUCUUUCGUUGCGCAGCAUAAGAGAUGGUUUGCUUCCUCCACAAUUCCUCGAUCCAUUCCAUUUCUCUCAUUAGAUCAUCCAAAGACACUCGUCUCCUUUUCGUCGUCAGUUCAAGUUUCUUCCCCUACCGUAAUCAUUCAGAGAAAGGGUUCUUCUUUCGCUCAAACAGCAGCUGUUCGACACCUUAUUGGAUCCCUGACCAGAACAGAGGGCCUUCGUUUCGCUGUGGUUGUAGCACGGUUCAAUGAAAUUGUGACAAAGCUGCUGUUGGAGGGAGCUUUGGAAACUUUCAAAAGACAUUCAGUUAGAGAAGAGGAUAUUGACGUUGUGUGGGUUCCUGGAAGCUUUGAAAUUCCUGUUGUUGCAGAAAGGCUUGGGAAAUCAGGAAAAUAUCAAGCGGUUUUAUGUAUUGGAGCUGUGAUAAGAGGUGAUACUACACACUAUGAUGCUGUUGCUAAUUCGGCUGCAUCUGGAGUACUGUCAGCAGGGUUAAAUUCAGGGGUUCCAUGCAUAUUUGGUGUUCUAACCUGUGAUGACAUGGAUCAGGCUUUAAACAGGGCUGGUGGUAAAUCUGGAAACAAAGGUGCUGAGGCUGCUCUGACUGCUAUUGAAAUGGCAUCAUUAUUUGAACAUCAUUUGGAGGGUUAACAUUUUGAGAUUGUAAAAGUAUCAUGAGAGGUUAUCUGGCUUAACCUCAAGGAGCUACAAUCAGGUUGUUUCUUUAGAUUCUGGGACAGAAUAUUCCAUGUUCCUGAAAACUGAAUUUCCUACUUCCUAAUGCUACAUGCGGUUUUAAUGGUUAGUAGGACCAAAUACUUUUCUUGAUUUAUUUUUUUAUUUUUAUUUUUGCAAUGGUUUGCACCUUAUAUUUUAUAAUAAAAGCAAACAAGCAUGCCAACGUUUGGGAGUGAUCAAA